CUUGUGCCAAAUAUUUUAAGCUAGAACAACUUGUUUCUUUCCUGAAACAUGUAAAUGUUUCUAGUGAGACCCUCUCUAUUUUAGAAGUUCCUCAAACUUUUAAAAGCUCUGAUCUAAUUAUCCAGCUACCUUAACUCUGUUGGUUGUCUCUCCUGUUAUCCUCUGCCUGUACAAUGUGCUUUUCCCUUCAAUUUGAGAGAGGACAAAGUCUACGGCUUGAGCAGUAGCACUAACUAAACCUAUAGGGCAGUCACUUUCCUCUCUAGCCCCUGGCUCUAACUAGACUAGGCAGGAGUCUAAUAAAAUAUAAGGAGCAAAUAUUAUGGCAGUUCUACAGCUGGCUUUAAAUUCCAGUUGGGACCUAAAAUGGCUGUGGAAAAAUAAGAACUAAAUUGGACCAGCUGUUGUACAUAAAACUGGAAGGCAGAAGCUCUGUCUGUGUAUGUAGAAAUCCAGUUUGGGAGAGUAAAUUAGAAAAAGAUUUUAAUACUGGCUUCCACUGUAGCUAAACAAUUCCAGCUUGGGCUUGUCUGGCCUCCCUGCAGGCAUGUCAGGGGAGUGGGGAGCAAGUGGCAUAGGCACCAGCCUCUGAAACUGAAGAUCUGACAAUUAUAGGGCAACAGGUGAGGAAGGGCAGCUGGGGAGAUGCUGCAGUGACUUGCCUAGUGCAGAGCUCCACCCCCUCUCAUUACAGCCCUGGGUGCAGUAAAAAUGAACCCCCCAAAACCUUAUUUGAUCAUCUGCAGAAGUUUUUUUAAAAAGGGGGGGAGGGGAGGAAAAAAAUCCCUUCAGCUAAAUGGGGCAGAUGUCACUGGCUCUGCUUCUGUUUCCACUUGCACCAAAGCUUUCUAAGGAUCAAAGGACAAGGAAUUUUGGUGCUGUAGCUACAGGCCCAAGCCUCAGCCUCCUGGGCCCUGGACAAAGCUGCACUUUCCCCCAAAGAGCUUUCAGUCCCAGUGUAAGAUGAGAAGUCAUUAGGUGUUGGAGAGCACAGGAAACACACACUCAUAGAACAGAGGGUAUUUUUCUAUGCUGUGCUGGUUUCUGCUUGCCUUCUAGCUCAAGCUCCUUGGUGUGAUUUCUAGGCCUUUGCAUAGACCUGCUCUUCAUCACUAGUCUUUGCCCUAUCUCUCCACGCAUUUCAUUUCUUCCACCACCUCAUGCCUGACCACUUGAGGACUCCUAUGCUUGCUUGUUUUCCUGUAGAAAAAUGACUUUGAGGGGGAAGCAAAGGGAAGCCACAGAAGCAGUCAUGCAAGCCGCCCUGGCAGUAUGUUUCGGGUGCACAGGGCACCCAUCAGAGAUAAAUUACUGAGGGGGUGGCGGCAGGACUAGGGAAGACACCUAGUGGCUCCUACUGUGGGACGGGCUCAGCUGCUAGUCCUGGCUGGGCUGGGGAGGACAGGACAUCCUCUUCCGCUGCAUGGCAGCCGGGGCUGAGUUAGACUGACUCCCAAAUUUCUCCCCUGGCUGUAGGAAGCGCUACAAACUACCCUGUUCUUCCUGCACCCAUCGCUUCUCAGCUGCAGGGGGAGGGAUCCCUGUACAGGGAGCUGCUCCCCCAUCUGCUCAAGCCCCAUGCAUCCAGACCCCCUCAUACCCAGUCCCUCCCACUGAGCUUCAUCCCCCCCUGCACUCAGAACCCCCCCAGAUGAGCUGCACUUACCCUGCACCUGUACCACCCCAACAGAUCCCCACCUUACUAAGCUCCUACCAGUUGCACCUGGAUCCCAACACUAAUGUGCCCCACUCCCCCGAUUCCCCUGGUGAGCCCUAACCACCUUCACCUGGACCCCCCCUCCUGCAGAGUCCCAUUAUUGUUGUACCCAGAACCCCCCAACAAGCCCCUGUGCAUCCAGAUUCCCCAAACACAUGGAUUUCCCCCCACUGGGCUGCCUGAACCCAGAAAGGCCCUUCACACUUGGAUCCUGCCUGCCCACACCCCCUGUAGAGGGGCAGGGCUCUGGGGUGUUUCUGGGCAGGCCCUUGCUCUGUGUCAGGGCUGCGUCCAGCCUCACCGCUGAGACUGUGUCCCAGGAGGGGGAAUCUGCACAGUGAUCGCCCGCCUCUGUGCAGCCACUGGCCUGUGGUCUGCAAUGCCAUGCUGGAGCCUCCACAUUUAUUUGACAAAAUAUGCAGAAUUUUAAAACGUGUGCAGAAUUUUUAAAUUUUUUUGGCACAGAAUGCCCUCAGGAGUACUCCUUCCAUUAGGCACCUUUCCUGCAUGCAGGGGUGCUGAGAGCCACUGAACCAAACUGUAAACCCAGAGAGUAUGGAAACCAUUUCAAGCCAGCCCCUGCAGCGGCACCACCCCCUAGUUCCCGCCUGUAUUCUUUUGUAUACUUUUGCCUGUAUUCUCACAAGCCGUGCCCAAGGGCCUGAUUCUGCCUCUCCCACGCUCACGUGCUUCAGUGGGACCCAUUUCCUUGCAUUGUAAACUCUUGGGAGAGGGACUCAGCCUUUGGGUAAGGCUUUGCCAUCAGUGCUCACCCAAUAAAGCACUUCGCUGAACCCAGCCACUCAAGGAACUAGGAAAGAGCCGAAGCCCAGCUGGUUUCUCCAAGCUUGUGCUUUCCCUCUGCCGUACGGGGACACCUAGAGGCUGCUCUGGGGAUCCCUCCAAGACAUUUGGGGUUGGCUUUUGCUGGGUGGGGUAAACUCAUCGUUGCCAACUCUACGAAGAUUUUUAUCACAAGUUCCAAGCUGUGGGGUAUUUCUCAACACCCCAGUACCUGGAGGAACACCACGGGGGGAGACUCCGCUGUCAUUUAAAAAAAACAUUUUUAGGCCUCACAAUUGUAGAGAAACUUCGAGCCAUGACCUGUAUGUGCCCAAACAGCUGGAAAGCAAACACCAAAACAUAUGAUUUGGGGGGCCUGGCUCGUGGCUAUUGAGGACUGGCACUCUAGUUAUCUUAAGUCUUUUGCUCCAGCUUCUGCCCCCGACCCCGUAUCUUCCUUCCUUCCCCCAUUGUCCUCUCCCGCCCCUCCCCUCGCCCUGCUCAGGAUAAGGCAGCAGGCCCCUUCCUCUCUGGGCUCCUGAUGCCUGGGUCCUCCUGAGACCUUCCCGUGCAGCUGGCUCUGGUGUGGAGCCGGCUGCGCGCCAGGAGCUGCCCCAAGAGCCGGCGGGGUCGGUGACUUUGGGGCUCCGGAAAUGGCAGCGGGAUGUGCCGGGUGCAGGCCGAGCAGCCGGUGCCCCUGGUCUAAGUUAGUCCUGCACCCGACCCCGGUGGGACCUAGGGCUGCAGCCAGCAUGUGAACGCUGGCCCCGGGAGCGCUGCAACGCCCUGCCCGCCGCUCGCGGGCAACCUGCGCAGGCGCAGUGGACAGACGCUGUGCCCCACCCGCCAGCGCCCCGACCCUAGCGGAGCAUGCGCAGUUGUUGGGCUAAGGAGCGGCGGGCGGGGAGCUGACGCACGCGCUGUGGGACGCGGAGAGGCGCAUGCGCAGAGCUGUGGCUGCGUGCCCGCGAGCGGGAGCUGAGCCCUACGGCAGCCGCCAUCUUGUCCCCGCUCCGUUCCUCGUCUUCGGCAUGAGGCUGCCGCGGCGGGGCCCGCCCCCCCCGCUCCUCCUCCCCCUCCCCUUCCUGCUGCUCCUGGGCCCCGCCCGCCCCUUCAAGCUCAACGUGCCCAAGGUGCUGCUGCCCUUCAGCCGGGAGCGCCACGUCCCCUUCGUGCUGGAGGCCGAGGGCGGCUGCUACUCCUGGUAUUCCACACGUCAUGAUACAGUCACCAUUGAGCCAAUUUACGAGAAUGGUACCACUUGUUCGCAAAAAGCUUUGCUGUCUACUCAGUCUACACAGGCCACAAAGCUAAGCAGCGUUGUUAUAGCUGAGGAACUUGUGACAGGCCAUUUACUGCGUUGUGACAUCAUUGUCGAUAUGAUAAACAGUAUUGAAAUUAUCUCCCGAACCCGAGAAAUAUAUGUGGAAGAUUCUCCACUUGAAUUAACCGUGAGAGCUCUGGAUGUUGAAGGAAACACAUUCAGUAGUUUGUCAGGAAUGACAUUUGAGUGGAGCAUUGCUAAGGAUGAUGACAUGGAAGGCUUAGAACUGUCUAGCAAAAUUAGGAUUUUAAAAUACUCUGAAGCAGAGUAUUCCCCACCAGACUACAUUGUCGAGAUGGAACGAGCAGGAAAACAAGGGGAUAGGAUUCUGGUAUCAGGUAUCAAAACUGGUGCAGCUAUCAUAAAGGUCCGAAUUCAGGAACCAACUUAUAAGAAAGUAGCUGCUGCACUGGUGCGUCUGUUGGUUCUGGAGAAUAUAUUCCUAAUGCCAUCCUAUGACAUUUACCUUCUGGUUGGAGCCUACAUUAAGUACCAAGUUGCUAAAAUUGUACAGGGAAAGAUCACAGAAGUAGAGUUGCCUCUUGAACAUUAUGAGCUUGAACUGCGUGACCCCAUUGUUGCUCCUGGUGGAUCUGAUCUUACUCCGGUGGCCAAACUGGAUGUGGACACAGCCACUGUGACAGCAGUGCAGUUAGGACAGAUUAGUCUGGUCUUUGUUCAUAAAAAUAUUCACAUGCGAGCUGCAUCUGGACUUCCAAACUGCACUGUCUAUGUUGUAGAAGCUGGGUUUCUAGGUUUCACUGUUCAGCCAGGAGACAGGUGGGUUCUAGAAGUGAAGCGAGCAUAUACAGUCACUGUUGAGGUGUAUGAUAAAUCCAGCACUAAAGUUUAUUUAUCUGAUAACCUCAGAAUAACUCACCAGUUUCCCAAGGAGUAUUUUGAAGAGUUCUUGUCUUCUGUUAAUGGUUCUUAUCAAAUAGUUCAAGUUCUGAAGGAGGGCAUCACAGUAAUAAAAGCUGCCCUAGUGUCAGUUCUUCUACAGGCUGGCUCUGAGGAUUACUUGCCUGUCCCAAUCAGCCAUGAACAGGAGGUGAAGAUUUACUUCCCCAUCAAGCUGACGCCCUCCUUCCUUGCAUUUCCACACCAUCCGAUGGCAAUCUUGUAUCGGUACAAAGUUCAGGUAAAAGGAGGCAGUGGCAAUUUCACAUGGACCUCUUCUAAUCAGACUGUAGUCACAGUCACCAUCAAAGGAGUAGUGACUGCAGGGGUGGUCAGAGGGCAGAGCACAGUACAGGCCAGAGAUGUGCAGAACCCCUUCCAUUAUGGAGAAAUAAAGGUGUAUGUCUUGAAACUGACAAAGAUGGAGAUUUUGCCAUUUCAUGCAGACAUUGAGAUUGGCCAAGUUUUGGAAGUUCCCCUCAUGAUGUACCACACCGAUAGGGAGACAAGGGAGACCAUUGCUUUUACUGACUGCUCCCUCUUAGCCCUGGACAUAAGCAUGGAUAAGCAAGGAGUCUUCAUCCUUGCUGAAGAGGGUAAUGAGAAACCUGGCCUGACAUUCUGCUCCAGUAUUCAGUUAGCAGCGAAGUCCUUGGGACACACUUUAGUAACGUUGAGCGCGACAGCGUACCAGGAGUAUUUUGAAACCAGUGCCACAUUUGCUGCUUAUGAGCCUCUCAAGGCUCUAAACCCAGUGGAGGUGGCAUUGGUGACUUGGCAGUCAGCGAAGCAGAUGGUAUUUGAAGGCGGGCCGGGGCCAUGGGUUUUGGAACCAUCUCGUUUCUUCUUGGAAUUGACUGUGGAGCAUGAGGAAAAAAUUGAGGUUACACAGAUCCGACUGCCAACUAAAAGGAAACAGAACCAGUACAUUUACCGGAUUUUGUGCCUGGAGCUGGGGGAGCAGGUGCUUAUGCUCCAAGUAGGUAAUCAACCAGGAGUCCUGAACCCUAGUCCUGCCGUGGAAACUGUGCAGGUGACUUUCAUUUGUGCUCAUCCAGCCAGUAUGUCUGUGACUCCAGUGUACAAGAUAGCUGCAGGUGCUCAGCCUUGCCCGUUGCCUCAGCACAACAAACAGCUGAUCCCCGUGUCCAGUUUGAGGAAUACAGUUUUGGAGUUGGCCGUGUUUGAUCAGCACCGGCGGAAGUUUGACAACUUUAGCUCCCUGGUGCUGGAGUGGAAAUCAGCCAAUGAAACUCUCGCACACUUUACUGACUCAAAGUCCAUGCAGAUGGUAGCAAAGGAUGAUGGGAGUGGACAGACCAGAUUGCACGGGCAUCAGCUCCUUGAGGUGCACCGCAUCAAAGGGACUAUUCUGAUUGGAGUCAGCUUUGUGAAGUAUUCAGAGAGAGGCAGUCCAAGAGAAGUAUCUAACUUGCCAACCUCCACGGCUGUGGAGUUGUUACUGGUAGAGGAUGUGACGGUGGUGCCAGACAAUGCCACUAUCUAUAAUCAUCCUGCUGUGAAGGAAAUAUUUGAUCUAGUGGAAGGAUCUGGGUACUUCUUGGUCAACAGCAGCAAAGAGGAGAUCGUAAACACUACAUACCUGGAAGCAGAGAGUGCCAUCGAGAUUGUCCCUUUGCAUCCUGGAUCUCUAACCUUGGAGGUCUACGAUCUCUGUCUGGCAUUUCUGGGACCAGCUACAGUCUAUCUACAUGUGUCUGAUAUGCAUGAGUUGGAGGUGGAUCUCAUUGAUAAGAUCGAGAUUGGCAAAUCUGUCCUAGUCAGCGUGCGAGUCCUUGGUUUUCAUCGACAUCCAUUCAGGAGUAAAUAUUUCAAGUACAUGAAGCUCAAACUGCAGGCAGCAUCUGCUAUUGUUACACUUGUGCUAAUGGAGGAAGUGCGUGAAUACUCUGAAGUUUACGUACUCCGAGCUGUCGCAAUAGGCCAGACAACCUUGGUGGCUACAGCCUGGGACAAGAUGGGAAGAAAAUUCACUUCUUCUCCUCGGAAGGUUGAAGUCUUUCCUCCAUUCAAACUCAACCCAGAGGAAAUGACCCUCAUUCCACACAACAUGAGGCAGGUGAUGUCAGAAGGUGGCCCACAGCCACAGUCCAUCAUUCACUUCUCUAUCAGUAACCAGACUGUGGCUGUAGUUAACAGGCUGGGCCAGGUGAUGGCUAAGGCAGUUGGAACAGCCAUAAUACAGGGUACCAUUCAGGCGGUCAGUGAAGACACAGGAAAAGUAAUAGUUUUCUCAAAGGGUCAAGUGGGAUUGGAAGUAGUUCAGCUGAGAGCAGUAAGAAUUCAUGCACCUGCCACUAGGCUUAUAACAGCCACCAAGAUGCCUGUUUAUGUCAUGGGGCUGACCAGCACUCUGACUCCAUUUUCCUUUGGUAAUGCCAACCCAGGGCUGAUAUUCCACUGGUCAAUGAGUAAACGGGAUGUUCUGGACCUUCUCCCCCGACACUCAGAGGUUUCCCUGCAGGUUCUACCCGAGAAUAACUUUGCUAUGGUUGUACAUACUAAGGCAGCUGGGAGAACCAGUAUUAAAGUGACAGUGCAAUGUCUGAAUGUAUCCGCCGGUCAGUUUGAAGGAAACAUGGCUGAACUCUCAGAUGAAGUACAAAUAUUGGUGUUCGAUAAGCUUCUACUUUUCUCUCCUGAGUGCCCUGCAGAGCAGAUUCUGAUGUCCACAAACUCACAGCUCAAGCUGUAUACAAACAGGGAGGGGGCGGCGCUUGUGAGCUCUCAAAUCCUGCAAUGUUUCCCCAACUCUUCCGUCAUUGAGGAGCAUGGCCAGGGACUCCUGAGAGCAGGAGCUGUAACAGGCACUGCAGUGCUAGAAGUAACUUCUCUAGAACUCUUUGGAGUCAACCAGACAGUCAUAACCGGGGUCCGGGUGGCUCCAGUGUCAUACCUGAGGAUAAGCACCAGUCCCCAACUCUACACCAUUAGCAGCACAUCUCUGAUGGCAUUUCCUCUGGGGAUGGCUCUUACUCUCACAGUCCAGUUCUAUGACAAUAUUGGGGAAAAAUUCCAUGCCCAGAACACCCAGCUUUACCUGGCUUUGAACAGAGAUGACCUGCUGCUAAUCAGACCUGGGAAUAAGAAUUACACAUACGUUGCUCAGGCUGUGAACAGAGGAGUGACACUGUUGGGAAUCUGGGAUGAGAAGCACCCAGGCAUGGCUGAUUAUAUCCACGUGCCUGUGGAGCAUGUCAUUGAGCCAGACCUCUCAGAGCCCAUUGCAGUCGGAGAUGUGAUCUGUUUCAGCACACCCCUUGUAAACCAAGAAGGUGAACCUGGGCUGUGGCAAGUCUCCCCCACUGGCAUUCUUGAGACAGACCCUUUGAGUGGAGCAACGUUUGUGAAGAAUGCUGGGACAGCUACAAUCUUUCAUGACAUCCCAGGGACAGUGAAAACAUACAGAGAGGUAGUUGUCAAUGGUUCAUCAAGAUUAAGCCUCCACCUUGGUCCCAAAAGCUACCUAACCAAUACUCCUGAGUCUUCUGAAGUCUGGGUUUUCGUUGCCACAGGCAGGGCAGGAACAAGCCUCAGAGGCCCAUGCAGCCCCAGUCAGGUUUAUGCAGCCACUAAUCUGCUGCGCCCAGAGUCUCACCUGCUGUGUCAAGUGGAGUUCAGCAGCACAGUGCUGGAUAUUCCAGCAAGUAAAGUCUUCCAUGUCCGCUCACACUUCAGUAUUGACAAAGGUCUCUAUGCCUGCAUAAUCACUGCUAAACCCCAGUCUGAUGAAGUCCUGCUGGCUUUGAGUUUUGCUGAGGCCUCUGUAUAUGUGAUGGUCUGUCUCUUCAGUGAACAAAGCAAGGAUGGAAUGCAAAGAAUCCUAGUUCCCUUCCUCCCUGCAUUUUACCUCAACCAGUCUGAAUUGGUUUUUAGCAGCAAACAACUAAAUGGCAAGAUCAGAGUGCUGGGAGCUGAGAAAGUGUUAGAAAAGCUGGAGGUCCACCCCAACUCUCCUGUGAUAAUAGUGAGGCAGCCUGAACAUUCGCCCAACAUGCCUGGACUUGUCUUCUACCCAGUUAGUGUGGUCAAUCUCACAUCUCUCCACCAGAUGGCAACCCCCGUCUUUAUCAAUGUCUCUUGUAUUCUCACAGGCCAAAGAGUUGCUAUAGCCGUGAGAGUUCUGGCAGGGCAGCAUCUGUUUAGUCAGUGCAAUGAAGCAGGAAUUGUCCAACAGCUCAUGGGCUCUUACCAGAUCCUUCUCUUCACCCUCUUUGCUGUUCUAGCAUCAACAGCUGUAAUCUUUCUCACAUACAAUGCCUUUCUGACCAGAGUGCAGACUGUACCUAUUGUGUAUGUUCCUACCUCAGCUACACCUCAGACAGGGUAUUCAUAUCCUCCUGUUGGUACUCAGCAACACAAUGAAAGAAACAGGACGCAGCUAUGGCUUUGGAGUGUACGGAGAAGGCAUGUUUGAAGGAAGUACCUGUUUGUACAAUAAUAAAUGUCUAGCGAAGCAUGA